AUGUGAUACUACUUAUUGUUGAAAUUGUUCAUAAAAAUAGUUAUUUAUAUGUAUGUUUAGAUUGAUCUUUGUAGUUUUGUAUAAAUAAAAAAGAAAUAAUUAUAAAAAUGAAACGGCCAAAGAAAAGGAAGCCUAUGGAAACUAGUGUAGAGCCUGAAAUGAUGGAUGAAGAAACAUUAAAACUACAUAGGAAGCUUUGGGGACUAAGAUUACCAUCUCCGCCAAAAAUGAAAACUUACAGAACAAGAAAAGAAACUUUCAGGUUACUUAAAGAAGGAAAAUUAAAGUUAAAGGGUAAACCGAACAGACUAGUCGUUUCUGAAUAUGAAACUGAAGCAACUGAAGAUGCUGAAAAAAGAGAGAAUUCUAAGUAUAUUAAAGACCAUAUCCAUAAAAGAAAACGGCCCAUAAAGAAACGUAAAAUCAGAAAGGAGUAUAUAUUUAUUAAAGGUCAUGACAGCAAAGGAAAUGUAGAAUUUUGGAAAGUCAGAUUAAAAAAAAAGCCUAAGCCAAAAGAAACACCAUAUGAAGUUCCUUUUAUUUACAAAUCUAUUUUGGGAAAUGAACGGCAUAGACAAGUGGAAGUGAUUGACUUAAUUAGGAAAUUGUGGAAUAGGAGGAAUUCAGUUGAUGAUUGGCGGCCAGGAAUGUAUGACAGAAUGCCUGAUGACUUAUUAUUAUAUUUUAAUGAAAAUGUCAGAAAUGAAGAUGGGAAAAAAAGAAGAUUUACCAGCUUUGAAUUUUUGGAGAUUACUCCUGAUAAAGUCUCAGAAAUGAUUAAACCAUUCAGGUCUCCGAUCAUGAGCAGAUUAAAGAAAUUUGAAGAUGAAAGGAAUGAAAGAAAGCGUUCAAAGCCAAUGCUUGAAGAUGAGAAACAACGAUAUGUUAGAAAGUUAAAAGCAGAUGAAGCCAAAACCAAAUAUCUACAAAGGAUUGGAGCAUAUUUAAAAACUAGUUUAUACAAUGGCGUACGAGAAAUUAUAGAAGUUGAAGGAAAAAGAUAUGAAUUUGCGAUGAAAGAGUUUCAAAUGCUCGUUAACUCUGCAUCUAUUAUAAUGAUAAAAGACUUGGACCGUUAUAUUGAAACAACCCUUAACAAUGAAAUUGAAGAUGCUCUGAACUUGAGGCGAGAGACUUUAGAAGAAGAAAUUAUGACAACAGCUGUACACAAAGAAAGGGAAUUGGAAUACAGUUAUAAACAUAUAUUUUUACCAUAUGAAUUGUCUAAACAGAAAGAAUUGUUCCAGCUUGAAAUGAGUUCUUAUGUUCAAUAUUGGACCACUAAAACAAGAGAUAUAGAGAAGCAAGUGGACCUUCAGAAACAGUAUUUGAAAAAACAAUUAGAAACAACUAAAAUAUUGCAAGCUGCAGAGCACAUUCCUUCAAUGAAUAAAGCGUUUUGUGAUAAAGUGAAAGAGGUUCAAAUAAAAAGCAAACAUAAAGUAGAAGAGGCAUUAUUACCAUUAAAAAAGAAAAUAGAAAUUUAUGUAAACUUACAAAACGAGAAUGAUCAAUUACUUGACUCAAUAAGAAACCAUGGCACUGUUAUAUCGGAAUUUAUUAGAAAGCUAAGGGAGUUUGUAAAUAUCACUCAACCCACAUGCAAUGAAAAAAUCAAGUUCAUGGCAGCAUUAGAUGAACUGGAAAAAUUCAAACAGCAAUUACAACACAAUGAAAUUAAAGAAUCCACUGAAGAUUCAUCUACUUCAGUAGAAUAUUUAUCGAAGACAAAAUCAAAUAUUGCUAUUGUUGAACCAAUCGUGACAGUGGAAGAAGAAGAGGAAUCAUUUUUUUCAAUGGCUCACAGAAUCCUAUCAGAUGGCGAUCUUGAUGAAAAUGCCAAAUAUCUUCUUAAGAUGAAAUUCAUAAUUUCAGAUCUUUUGAAAAGUAUCAUACCUUCAGGUAGUGUGACAGAAGAAGACCACACUAUCGAAGAUAUCGAAAGUUUUAAACAAGUAAAUGAUUUAACGAGUGGAGAUGAAAUGUUUGUUUUAAAAUCAACAGGAAAAAAAGAAUCUAUUUCUGUUAUAGAUAAAUUGAUGGAAAUUAGUGCAAAGUUAGAUUUUAUGCUUCAAAUUGUGGGUGAUACAUAUUCAAUACCCGAUUUAGUAAGAGUAGGAUCUUAUUUAAAUAAGCGAAGUCAUUCAGUUGAGAAGAUUUUAGAAAAACAUCGGGAGAUGUUUGAAAAUAUCUGAACUUAAAAAAAAAAUAUAUUUAAAUGUAUUGUAUAACAUUUUUUAUGUCAAGAGCAUUAAAUUAUAAUUAAUUUCAA